AUGAAGCUGAACACAAAGUAUCUGCGCUACCUCGCCUCUGAGGAUUGGCGUGUUCUCACUGCGGUGGAAAUGGGUAGCAAGAAUCAUGAAGUUGUGCCGACAUCCCUGAUAAUACAGUUGUCAAAUCUUCGAGGUAGUAGUGGUGUUCAUAAGAGCAUAUCCACUCUAGCAAAAGCAAACCUCAUUGCUCGUACCAAAAAUGCAAAAUACGACGGAUACCGCCUCACGUAUGGCGGCCUCGACUACCUUGCCCUACAUACACACCUCAAGCGCGACGCAAUCUACAGCCUGGGUCCUUGCAUUGGCACAGGCAAAGAAAGCGACAUCUAUGUAUGCGCUCCGCCUCCAUCCAACACCUCAAAUUCGCAAAAGUUCCAUAAAAACAACCAACUUGUUCUCAAGAUCCAUCGUCUCGGGCGCAUCUCUUUCCGCACAGUCAAGAAUAACCGCGACUACCUUCGGCGCCGACAGAGCGCGAGCUGGAUGUACAUGUCGCGCCUGGCGGCACAAAGAGAGUUUGCGAUCAUGAGCAUUCUCGGAGAAAAUGGCUUUAGAGUGCCGGAGGCAGUGGCAUGGACAAGGCAUAUGGUAGUCAUGAGCUUGGUAGAUGGAGUACCAUUAAGAGCGGUGAAGGAAGUGGGCAAUCCUGCUGGACUGUAUGCAGAUUUGAUACAGAUAAUUCUUCAACUUGCCAGCUUUGGCAUCAUACAUGGGGACUUCAAUGAGUUCAACAUCAUCCUCCAAGAGGAGCAGCUGGCCAGUCAGACUAAGAAGACACCCGAACUAGAGGUGAGAGCAGUACCCUGGAUCAUCGACUUCCCCCAGGCCAUUUCAAUCGACCACGCAAACGCGGAAUUCUAUUUCAACAGAGAUGUUCAAUGUAUCAAGACCUAUUUCGAGCGGAGGUUUAAUUUCCUGAGUUCGGAAGCCGGACCAUUCUUUGCAGAUGCGAGGAAAGCCGCUGCAAAGCAAGCGACUGCAAAGGGGAAAAGACUGGAUUUGGAAGUGGAAGCUUCGGGCUUUUCGAAGAAGAAGGUACAAGAGUUAGUGCAAUAUAUGGAAGACGUAGGUGCAAACCAGGACCAAGGGUCAUACGCCGAUGACGUGCAGGACGAGAGCGACGACAAUAGCGAAGAUGGGACCGGAGAGGGUGAUCAGGAUCUCAUUCAAGAUGACCCUGUUAUCAUUGGGGAUCCUCCAAACAUAGCGAGUAACGGGCUAGAAGAUGACGCUAUCUACUCGAUCACGCCACUGAAAGCCAGCAUUGCCAAAGAUUGA